AUGGAUUCAUUAACGGUUAGUCCGAUUUUACAAUACAACACGGAUGCCUUGCAAUACAUCAGAAGACAAUAUAAUUUGGAUCAACCUGAAAGGAUUCAAGAAGCUGUAAAUAUCUUGUCUGAUUGGAUAAAUAAACAAGACCAUCUGGUUAAGAAAAAUUAUGGCAGUGAUUAUUUAGAAAGGAUACUUAUAAACUGUAAAGGCUCUGUGGAAAAAGCUAAGACGAAAUUGGACAAGAUAUGCUCAUUUAGAACGGCCCUGCCUAUAUAUUUCGAACCAUUCGAUAUAAAUCAUCCUGCUGUAAAUAAAAUAGUUGAUGGUUUCUUGCCAAAAAUGACGCCUGACCACUGUAGAGUGUUCCUCUUAAGAAACAAUCUUCAAAAAUUUGAUUUCGUUCUCUUGAACUGCUACCGGGCUCUGAUUGCUGAAGGUUACGGAAUGAGGAUUAAAAGUAUUCACAUUAUAACGACUUCCAAUUUGAUCGAUAUGGUUGUUUCUAUUAUAAAACAGGGUAUGAGCGAAAAAUUGGGACAACGAAUUCAUGUUCACAAAAGUUUAGAUUCAAUAUACAACUUCGUACCUAAAGACAUCAUGCCAGAAGAUUAUGGAGGAUCAGAGAAAACCUUGCAACAACUCCAUGCUACACCGCAGCCACCCUCUUGGUUGGUUACUCAUUUGGAAGCUGCAGACAGAGUUACUUGCUUGGGUGUACCGGCACUGAGCGAAAACCCGGGCCAAGGGAGUGAGGAUCGAAACAGCUCAGAUCAGAGCUUUAACUCACCGAGACCUAAUACGACGGUGGAAGAGAGAGUUGCUUUCCUCGCUUUCAUAACAGUGGAGACUAUAAGUCUUUCGCCAACUGAGACGUACACUAUAAUGGGCGUCCUUGAUACCCCGGACGCCCCGUUAGACAGGUGCUUGCUGGUGAUGACGCGUUUAGAUCAACGUUGGUCUUGUGUCAUCACGUUUGUGAAGUUUGAUGUAUCGGGGAUUUUUCCCUGCGUAACAUUUCAGAAGGAGAAAGGCGCCCCUCCUGUCGAGAGUAUGUUCGGGAGUCCCCCAUACUGUAAAGCCAUCAUGAGGCAGCAUGGCGAUCCGUCGCAGAACUUCUUCACCAAAAAAGGAUAG